CCCAACACUCGGGUAAGGAACAUAUUAUCCUGAAAUUUGACUGCCAACACCAGUAACGCACGCGGAUGGACACAAUGGCGCAUGUCUGGAUGGUCUGUAUCGGCUAUUUUCUUUGCUGUAUUUCAGAAGCUCAAGGUAACAACCCUCCACGAUUGGUCAGCUUUGAUGGUUUUGCACAGGCCAAAGAGAAUGCAGCAAGAGGUAUACUGAUCAAGACAAUAACGGCCACAGACGCAGAUGGCCCCAAUGAGAUCACCUUUGAAGUGGACCACAACAGCCCUGAGACUCAGAACCUUGUGUAUCUGGGGACUCCCAGGGGGACCAGCACUUCAGGGCGUUCUGUGGAUGUGUUCCUCAACGUGAACAACCUGGACAGGGAUUAUGACCCUCCAGAGAGAAACUUGCGCUUUGUGAUCCGUGAUGGGGUAAACAACCCUGUGUAUGCUUCUAUGACUCUGUUCAUUCAAGAUGUUAACGAUGAGGUGCCCCAGUUUAGGGGAACCCCUUACAGAGCCAGCAUCAGUGAGGAUGCCCCGAACGGCACUUUGGUCUUUGAUGGGACACAGACUGUGGAUCCAGAUACAGGAAUAGGAGGAAGUGUUUCUUAUUCUCUUGAGUUGACAGAUGAGGCUUACAGGUCGACCUUCAGAACUACACCUUAUCAAGGUCAUAUCUACCUAAACGGUACUUUGGAUUUCGAGAAGCACAACUUUUACCAGUUACAGCUGACUGCCACGGAUGGCGGAGGUCUAAACGCUACCACUGAUGUCAUCAUCACCGUCGAAGAUGUCCAGGAUACCAAGCCUUAUUUUGCUAACACACCUUACACAACGGUCAUCCUAGAGAACGCCACAAUAGGCACACCAGUUAUUUCUGUGUUAGCCAUGGAUGGAGAUCGCGGUGUACCAAAUCCCAUAGCGUAUCGCUUCUUGAACUAUUCCAGAAGUGAUUUCCGUAUUGAUGCGUCUACAGGAAGGAUCACUGUAAAUGACAAGCUUGACAGUAAUCUACCAGAGCUGCUCGAUCAGGGAAGCGUGUUUGAUUUGACUGUCGAGGCCAAAGAGGCUGUUGCGCCAGGCCAAAUGCAGAAAGGGGAGACAACUGCUACGAUGUUGGUGUUGAUCACUGUGCAAGAUGUUAAUGACCACGCUCCAGAGUUUGACAGGUCCUUGUACAGCGCGUCUAUUCUGAAGAACGCACGGAAGGGCACUCCCAUUCAGCUGGAUGUGUCAGAACUUAUCUAUGUCCAAGAUAAGGAUCAGGGGAUGAAUUCAAAAUUCACCAUAACACUCGAGAAAGAUGGCCAUCCUUACUAUGUAUUCAGCCCUCAGCCCCGAGUUGUCUUCCACGAGUCUUCCAUCACGCUGAAAGUGAACUCCAGCACUGAGCUCGCUCAGGAUGGAAACUCACAUCUCAACUUUACGAUCGUUGCCAUGGAAACCGCUACACCAGACAUGCUCUCUGGCUCAGCUCUUGUUCACGUGACAAUCCUUGACAGUGAGGUGACCUUUCCGCAGUGUCCCGGGAAUAGAGUGAUCAGCACAAGCACUGAGACUGAGCACAAUGGCAAUAUUAACAUUACCGUUAUCAUUAAUUAAACUAUGUACAUGUCUUACUACAAUCUAACUCACCAGUCACAUAGAGGAAGAGGGAACUGCGCGCGUAUUAGGGCAUAAGGAAACGUUUUAUGUAACCUUUUCUCCAAAACUUUCGAGCAUUUGUAAAUGGAAGAGUAAGUUUUCAAAUUUCACAGUUUAGAAGUCAACCGGAUACAAUAUCAAAGUCAAAUUCCUAAAGAAUAGUAUUAGCAGAACAACCGAUUGAAAAUAUAUAAAUAAUUUUAACCUGGAAAUCACCGGUUUCCAAUGAUAUCGCAACAGUUUGUACUCUAAGCUAAAGUUUAAACCAUAUAUGUUUGUAAUGCCGUAAAGGUGAGAACGGACCCAGGAUUAACGCCUUAUUGGUGUUCAUAUAUUCUUAUGGCUGUAUGUAAUAAAUUCUUCAC